GUGGAAGAAAUUGUUGAUAUAGGAGCCUUUGCCCCAGAAGACAUUCAUGUUCCCAAAAUCUAUGUUGAUCGUCUGAUACAAGGAGAGAAGUUUGAGAAGAGAAUUGAACGCUUAUCCAUCCGAAAGCCUGAAGACUCAAAAGCAAAACAAAAACAAGGAGACAAUGUGAGAGAGAGGAUCAUCAGACGGGCUGCGUUAGAGUUUGAGGAUGGCAUGUAUGCUAAUCUGGGUAUUGGAAUCCCACUCUUGGCCAGUAACUUCAUCAGUCCAGACAUAACUGUUCACUUACAGAGUGAAAAUGGAGUCCUGGGUUUGGGUCCUUAUCCACUUGAAAAUGAAGUAGAUCCAGACCUGAUUAAUGCAGGUAAGGAGACAGUCACUGUUCUUCCAGGUUCUUCCUAUUUCUCUAGCGAUGAAUCAUUUGCAAUGAUAAGAGGAGGCCAUGUUGAUUUGACAAUGCUUGGAGCUAUGCAGGUGUCUAAGUACGGUGACCUGGCCAACUGGAUGAUUCCU